GCCGUGCUCUCAAAGUUUAUGUUUACAAUCUCUAAUCUCUAUAGUCCAAUUUACGAAUUUACAUUUGAAAUAGUAAUACAUGCAAAAAACAUUCGUAAACUGUGAUAAAUAUUGACAAUUUCUCAAUAAAAAUCUGCCAGUUAGCACUGCUAAAUUUCUACUAUUCGAAAUUUGAUUGUAUUCAAGCAGAAUGACAAGUGUACUUGUUCCUAAUGAUAUUUUAUCACGUGUGCAAUACGCUUUUCCCAUUCUUGAGGGAAAGGUGCAAUCGGAUUGUACUGAUGAUCAAUUUGUGCAAAUUAUCAAUGAGAUAAAAGGCUUACAUUUAGCAAGAAGAAUUCAGAAUCUUGCGAUCCAUCAUAUAGAACGAUACAUAAGACAAAAUGUAGCUCCAAACUUUUGGUCCAAGUUUACAACUGUGAUAGAUGAGCAACAAGGCUUUGAAUUAUUCAGAAGCGCAGUGGAUGACCUGUACUCCAGUUCAAUUGAAUUUUUGCCAAUUCUGAAAAGGCUGGAACAACUUGUCACUGAAGAAGACUCCAAAUCAACACUUUAUGGCCAGCCAAAUAUUUUGGCACAGUUCAAACUUAUUGUAAGAUCAACGUUACUGAGUUGCUUACCACUGUGCCACGAAGUCAUCAUUGAACACUUUUAUAAAAUUGCCUUCAAUGUUUUCUGCAACACUGAUGUGAAUUCUGUUGACAAUGGAACUGAUAUUACCGAAUGCGGCGGAUGCAACAAAGAACUUGAUAGUUGUCAAUGCCAAUUGAUAGUGUACAUGUUCCAUGAGACAAACAGGAAGUUAAACGAACUGGAAUUGCUUGAGAGGCUUGUUGGAAAUGUGCUGACUUCGUUAAUUCACAUUCGAAUUAAGAGUCACGUUAGUCAAUCGUGCGAACGGCCGUUUGAUAUUUCACAGCUAGUUCCUCUUGAGAACUGGCUUGAAACCGUCGUGCUCAGCUGGCUCACAAGAAUCUUCUCCGGUGGCUCGUCAAAGUCCGUUACUGUCACUGAGAGAAUUCGUACACUGUACAAAUUCAAAAGGAAAUUGUCUCAUUACCUCUAUGAAACCUACACGAGAAUCAGAAUUGAUCAAUUAUUUAAUAUAAUUAUAGAAUAUCCAGACUCACAGCCGGCAAUAGACGAUUUACGAAUCUGCUUAGAGCGAACGGAUUUACGCAAGGUUUUGGUGCAAACUUUGCAAGAGGCUCUGAGAACCCGUUUGUUACAUCCUGGUGUUAAUACACCCGACAUACUAACCGCUUACAUAGCCGCUAUAAAAGCACUACGACAAUUGGAUCCAACUGGUGUUCUUUUAGAAACAGUCACCGAACCAAUUAAGGUUUAUUUGAGAAGUAGAGAGGAUACAGUUAGAUGUGUCGUAAAUGGUCUUUUGGAUGAUUCGCCGAGUGAUCUAGCGGACGAGUUGAUAAAGGGAGAAUCUUUACAAUUGGACGAUGGAUCAGUGGACGAGGAGAACGAAGAUUGGGAAAAAUGGAUGCCAGAUCCAGUGGACGCUGAUCCUGCCAAAUCGACGCAACGACGAAUGUCUGACAUUAUUUCCAUGCUCGUGAAUGUUUACGGAAGUCAGGAUCUGUUCGUAAAUGAGUACAGAACGCUGUUGGCCGACAGAUUAUUGUCGCAAUUGAAUUAUCACACGGAGCGAGAAAUUCGUUAUCUCGAGUUGCUGAAAAGACGUUUCGGCGAGAAUCAAUUGCAUUAUUGUGAAGUUAUGCUCAAAGAUGUUUGUGAUUCGAAAAGAAUUGAUGGAAAUAUUCAGUCAGACGCGAUUUACAGCAUGGAAAUGGCCCCUUUCUCGACCUCGGCUCUCAUUUUAUCGGCCCAAUUUUGGCCUCCGUUCAAAGAAGAAUGGAAACUAGAAUUGCCAAGCCUCGUUCAAGAACAAUUAAAAAAAUACGUAAAAGCCUUCGAAGCUCUUAAAGGCAACAGAACUCUUUGCUGGAAACCUCAUCUUGGAAAUGUCAAUUUGGAAAUCGAAUUGAAGGACAGAAAAUUGGAAAUCAAUGUUACUCCUAUUCAUGCCACGAUAAUAUUACAUUUUCAGGAAAAAAAUAAGUGGACCUUGGAAGAACUGGCCGACGUGAUGCACGCACCAGCAACGAUUCUUCGUCGAAAAAUGACGUUUUGGGUGUCGCAAGGUCUUUUAAAAGAAACCUCGAACGAUGUGUUUCUCCUUCAGGAGGAAAGUUCAUCGAAAAAUCGUUCUGUAGCGGAGAUCGUAGAUGAUGAGGAAAUCGAAAGUGCAAUGGCGUCUGCGAGUGAUCAACGGGAGGAGGAAUUGCAAGUUUUCUGGUCAUACAUUGUUGGAAUGUUGACAAAUCUCGAUUCGAUGCCUUUAGAAAGAAUUUAUCAGAUGCUUAAAAUGUUCGCGUCUCAAGGUCCUGGAGCUGUCGAGUGCGGUUUGCCCGAAUUGAGACUAUUCUUGGACAGAAAAGUUCGCGAACAUCAGUUAUUAUUUUCUGGUGGAUUGUACCGAUUGCCGAAGGCUUAAAAAUUUUAUUGAAUUUCAAAAAAAUUUCAAACGUAUUAAAAUGAUUCGUUAUCAACGAUA